AAAUUUACUUUUAUCCAACAUUGAUUUACCAAACCUGAAAUUAGACAUCGAAAAAGUCGGGUUUUUUUUUUCUUGUCUUGGCUUGUUUCCAGUUCUGUUCCACCACCUUUCGACUCCUUUGUGUUCUGUUUUAUUUAUUCAUUUUGCUUCCCCCAUUUAUUUAAGUACAUAAAAAGUCUUGGAAACUGUCAAUAUCUGAGGUUGUCACCAGGUUCAUACCAGCUUGUGCCUUGUAGGAUUUGUGCACCCGAUCUGUAUUGAAAAUCGCAAUUGAAACCCUGUCAAAUUCCCAUAGAGGUGCAUAAAAGAUUUGAUUUUCCACUCAGGGGGCUCCUCUCACACGGGUUUCUCUCUCUUGGAGUUCAAAGGUUCCAUCUUUUCACUUCUUUUAUUCAGUUCUGUUGAUGGGUUUUUCUCAUUUUAGCUGCUUUUGUUGACAUUCUGUAUAAGAACCUAUGUUGGAGCUUACAUGAUUUGUCUAGGUGCCAGUUUUUGUCUUCCUUAUUCAGUUCUCUUAAUUGAUUUUUGAUUUCUGCUAUGGGUUGCUAUUAAUCAGUAGUAGUUUCUGUAAGAACCCUGGAUUUCAGCUCCUGUUGAGCACAAAAAGAUUCAGCCUUCGGUGUUCUGUUACUUUUCUAGGAUUUUGAAAAGAUGGGUUUUAGAGUAUUUGAAUUGCUUUUCUGGGUUUCUUCAGUCUUGUUUUUGGCAUGCUUUGCUAAAGAAUUUACACCGGCAGACAAUUACCUUAUUGAUUGUGGAUCACCUACUAAUACUACAGUGGGUGAUCGAGUUUUCAUGGCUGAUAACUUGGCCUCAAAAUUCCUUUCUACAUCAGAAAAUGUUCUUGGAAACACUUCAAAAGCUGUCACGUCCUCUGAUGAUUCACGACUCUAUCAAACGGCAAGAGUCUUUACUGGUGUCUCUAAGUACACAUUUUCUGUCAGCCAACGAGGAAGACAUUGGAUUCGCCUUUAUUUCUAUGCAUUUGUUUAUGCUAGUUAUAAUAUGAGUUUGGCAAAUUUCACUGUAUCCACAGAAAACCAUGUCCUUCUCAGCAGUUUCGGUGUGCAAGCUCCUCUUGUCAAAGAAUUUUCUGUUAAUGUAACCUCCAAUACCCUUGUCAUCACAUUAAGUCCUUCGGAGAAUUCAUUUGCUUUCAUAAAUGCCCUAGAAGUUGUUUCAGUCCCUGAUGAGCUCAUUCCAGAUGGUGCCAGUUCUGUUAAAUCAUCAGUGGGAUUCCAAGGUCUGAUGCGGCAGGCGCUAGAGACAGUUGCUAGGGUGAAUAUGGGGGGACCUACAGUCUCAUUUCAGAACGAUACCCUUGGGCGAACAUGGGUGCCUGAUCAGCGUUUCCUUGUAGAAAAAAAUUUCGCCUUAAGUGUAUCAAAUACUAAUGCUGUCAAGUAUGUGGAUGGUGGGUCAACAGAAGAAAUUGCUCCAACUUCUGUCUAUGGUACCUGCACCAGGAUGAACUCCUUGAAUGACCCCAAUAGCAACUUCAAUGUGACCUGGGAUUUCGAUGUGGAUCCAGGAUUUCAGUAUCUUGUUAGGUUCCACUUUUGUGAUAUUGUCAGCACUGCUCUUUACCAGCUGUACUUCAAUGUUUAUAUUGACUCCUCAAUGGUUGUUCGGGAUCUUGAUCUGAGUACUUAUUUGUCAUCUGUUUUGGCUGGUGCGUACUAUAUGGAUUAUGUUACAGAGUCAGCUACUAGCAGUAAGAUUCGUAUAAGCAUUGGCCCAUCUAAUUUACAUGGUACUUACCCGGAUGCCAUACUAAAUGGGCUGGAAAUCAUGAAACUGAACAAUUCUGAUGGCAGCCUUUCCGGCUCAGGAACUGUCAUUGCUUCUGGUUCAAGUUCAAAGAAGAAAGUUGGUGCUAUAGUGGGCAUGAGUGUUGGGUUGGCUUUAGGAGUGCUGUUGGCAGGAGUUCUCUUCAUGUUUUGUAGAAAAAGAAGACAACUGGCACGCCAGCGCCAAUCAAAGACAUGGCUUCCAUUUUCAAUUGAUGGAGGAACUUCUCACACCAUGGGGAGCAAAUACUCCAACGGAACAACUGCUAGUCUCAUUUCAAAUACAGGCUACCGCAUUCCUUUUCUGGCUGUUCAAGAAGCCACAAACAACUUUGAUGAAAGUUGGGUUAUCGGGAUUGGAGGCUUUGGUAAGGUGUACAAGGGAGAACUGAAUGAUGGUACUAAAGUUGCUGUUAAAAGGGGAAAUCCACGAUCCCAACAGGGACUUGCUGAGUUCCAGACUGAAAUUGAGAUGCUAUCCCAGUUCCGCCACCGCCAUUUGGUUUCUCUUAUUGGUUAUUGUGAUGAAAAGAAUGAGAUGAUCUUGAUUUAUGAAUACAUGGAGAAUGGGACACUCAAGAGUCAUCUUUACGGCUCAGAUUGUCCAAGUUUAAGUUGGAAACAAAGGCUUGAAAUAUGCAUUGGAGCAGCUAGAGGACUCCACUACCUUCACACAGGCUAUGCAAAAGCAGUUAUUCAUCGUGAUGUGAAGUCGGCAAAUAUUUUACUUGAUGAGAAUCUCAUGGCCAAAGUUGCUGAUUUUGGGCUGUCAAAGACAGGACCUGAAAUUGAUCAGACCCAUGUCAGUACAGCAGUGAAAGGAAGUUUUGGAUAUCUGGAUCCAGAAUAUUUCAGAAGGCAACAACUGACAGAAAAAUCUGAUGUAUAUUCAUUUGGAGUGGUUUUGUUUGAAGUUCUUUGUGCAAGACCAGUAAUAGAUCCAACACUUCCAAGGGAAAUGGUAAAUCUAGCUGAAUGGGCAAUGAAAUGGCAGAAGAGAGGACAGUUGGAGCAAAUAAUUGAUCCCAACCUCGUAGGAAAUAUCAGGCCCGAUUCUCUAAGGAAGUUCGGGGAAACUGCUGAGAAGUGCUUGGCUGAUUUUGGUGUUGACAGGCCCUCCAUGGGAGAUGUCUUAUGGAAUCUGGAGUAUGCUCUUCAACUUCAGGAGGCAGUUGUUCAAGGUGAUCCAGAAGAAAACAGCACAAACAUGAUUGGCGAGAUUGCUCCUCAAAUCAACAAUUUCAGCCAGCUUGAUUCCACUGUUUCUUCAGCACAGUUUGAGAUGUCAACUGUGGAUGACCUCUCAGGUGUUUCAAUGAGUAAAGUGUUCUCACAGCUGGUUAAGUCUGAAGGCAGGUGAGUUGUAUGAGAUGGAAAAUCCUAUGGGUAAAGCUUCUCUUUUGACAAUGCUUACAUGGUUUUCUCUGAUUAAUCACAGCUUGCCACAUCUGAGUAGGUAGGAUAGUUUUUCUUUAUUUUGUUUAAAAAGGUGGGAUGGUUCAAAUUGCUUUGUUUUUUCAUUGGUAGUAUUAGUAUGUCAGUUCAUCAUCCUAUACCAUGAUGUGUUUUGCUUGGUUAGUCAUCAGACAAGCCAGAGAGAGGCUGUGCCCAUACUGCAGAGGCAACCGUUCAAAACUAUUUGUGUUCUAAAAUGUAACUGCAUAAAGAGUGUUUAUGGGCUCUUUCAUGUACAGCAGGGGUGGAAGUUUUAAAGUGAGCUUUAGCAAAUUGACAGAGAUGUUGCAAUUUAAAAAUUUUCCUGUAGCUUGUUUGUUUUCGACUUGCAAUUCCUAUAACUUAAUUUGCUAUAAGGUGCAUUUCGACUUUUGCAAGUAAUGGGUGUGUGAUUA